AUGCAGAAGAUCCUGCCCAGACAGACUCACAGAUCAGAAUCUUCAUACACUGCAGUAAGAGUUGGAGGGAAUAAGAAGAACCAGAGAAAAGUCUUCCUCAGAGAUCCUAAGACCAGACAGAAUUCACCAAGAAGUUGCUGGGAGACCUCCCCAGAUCUUCACUUGGAUCUUAGCAUGAAACCCUCACGGGAGUCCUGUGAGGUCACUCCACUGCUCAGUGAUGUGACACAGCCCACCCACUCUCUUCACCCCCCAUUACUUACAUUCUCCACCUCUGAUAGGCUGUACAAGACGGGCUGGAAUAUAUUACCUAAGGAGACUGCAGUAAAUAUGGAAAAGGCCUUGGGAGGAAGGAAGUUGCUGGAGAUGAUCUCUGUGAUCAGGGGGACCUUGAAGACAGCAUCCAGUGCCCCAGUGAGCAUUGCAGUGACUGGAGAUUCUGGCAAUGGCAUGUCCUCCUUCAUCAAUGCAUUGCGGGGAAUUGGGCAUGAGGAAAACGACUCAGCUCCCACUGGGGUGGUGAGGACCACUCAGAUUCCCACUCACUACUUUUACCCCCAUUUUCCCAACGUGGUGUUGUGGGACCUACCCGGAACAGGGGCAGCUACCCAAAGCCUGGAGAACUAUCUGGAGGAGAUGCAGUUUAGCCAGUAUGACCUCUUCAUCAUCAUUGCAUCUGAACAGUUCAGCAUGACUCUUGUGAAGCUUGCUAAAACCAUCCAGGGCUUGGGAAAGCGAUUCUAUAUCGUCUGGACCAAGCUGGACAGGGACCUCAGCACAAGUGCCCUCUUGGAGGAACGACUCCUGAAGAAUAUUCGGGAUAAUAUCCGGGAAACUCUCCAAAAGGAGGGAGUGUGUGAACCCAAAAUAUUCCUGGUCUCCAGCUUUGACCCCUUAUUGCAUGGCUUCCCAGAGCUUAGGGGUACCUUGCAUAGGGACAUUUCUGACAUCAGGUACCAUGGUCCCCUAGAGAAUCUGUCCCACACUUAUGAGAAGGCCAUUAAUGAUGAAGUGACCACUUGCAGGGAGAAAAUAUCCUCAAAGUCUUUCGACACCCUUGGCAUCCAGGAUGCAGAUGAUCUGGGGGAGAGUCUGACAGCCUACCACUUGCUCUUUGGUAUAGAUGAUGAAUCUCUCCAGCAGAUGGCUCAGAGUAUGGGGAAACCCACAGAGGAGUACAGGGCCAUUAUGAAGUCUUGGGAUCUAUACACUGUCCUCAGAGGGGACUGGCCAUUAUCUUUCAUGAAUUGUAAUACAGUCUCUCGCUUAUAUUCAAUUCUGAGCUACAUCCCACUGUUAGGUGACUUUAUUUUCAACUCCCUGAGAAAGUGGAAACACAGACGCCUCCUUGAAAUAGUUUCCAAGGACACCAAAGCCAUCCUGAAGAAAAUCCUGACAGACUCCAUCAUCUGA